AUGAGUCCAGCUAAUGCAAAAGUGUCCACUAAAAAGACGGGUAGAAAAAGGGCCCACUCGCCUGAAAAGACUGAUAGCGACAAACAGACUAAAAAACGCGUCAAAGGGGUUGAAUCUAACAAUGCCGCUGUAGGAGGAGAAAGUGAUGGACAGGUCGAACCACAUGCAGUACCCGCCGAUGUCGUUGGUGCCGCGGCGCCCACCGAUCGCCCACAAGCACCUGAGGCAACCGACGAGGCGGAAGCACCAAAGUUUAUUGGCACUUUCGACUUGUACGGCAUGGAUCUCCCUUUCCUCAACAGCGUCUAUCUGCCCAAAGGAAGUUCGACCGUCAACCCGGAGGCUUUAUACAAGACCAUUCUCACCUAUCAGGCCAAGUCGGAUCGGACCGCCCAACUCAUCUUGCCCGACAGCGGGCCCGGAAGUGGAAAGCUGGAUUCGGGAGUUUUCUGUGACCCCAUGGAAGACAUGCCGUUCGACAUUGUGGCGAGGAAUAUAAAGGAGGUACCUAAGUUGUCCUUCAAGUCUGUUUUCGGCCGUCCGGAUGCACAGCACGGGGCAUGGCAGGGCGUUGGAGUUACGGCGUCCCUAGUGAUUGAAGACGGCGGAUGCGGGAUAGCAUCUUCGUCGGGCAGUAUUUCGAUGCAUCCGAUGUGGAGGAAAGUUGAGAAGAACGGCGACAUCCUCGAAUUAUUUGAAGGAACACUGACCUUCCGCGUCAAAUAUAGCUCCAUGUACUCUCGAAGGGGUCACGGAAGCGGGCAGAAUGAAACUAUUGAUUUCUGGGCCGUUCGGGGAAGGAAAUGA